AUGCCCUUCAUCCAGCGCAUGCGCAUUAUGCAUGGUGAACGCUCCGGCGUCUUGAACCUCGACUUCGCCCCGUCGCCGGACCCCGCUUUCAAGCCGUGCACGCUUCGAUACCCUUACGUCUCAGCCUGCGUGCGCCUGGACGCCGAUGCCGAUCGCAGCCGUCACCAGCUGGCCCCCACUGCCCUUUGCGAUAUGCCACCGACGCCUCAGGAGGCCUCGCCGCCCGUCCCUGCCCUGGCCGCGAUGGACCCCACCGCUGAGCCUGCGGCGUUUGCGCCCAGUGAUGACCCCGCCAUCGCUUUCGGCCCAGAAUUCUCCCACAGCCCGGUCAGCUUUACCACUGUCCCAUCCAAUGUCACUUCUCUCUUCAAGGAUCCUGGCUUGUUGCCCACACGCAAAACUGGUCUCCAAAAGCCUGACAAUGUCUUUCCGCAAAACCCUUGCAUCGAGGGAAACGUCGCUUGCUUCCCGAACCCGCUCCAGCAACAACAGCAGCAACACCCACAACCUCAAGGGAAGACUGCCACUACUGUGCCUCCAGACUGCGUGCCCCCAAAGCGCCAGCAGGAGUCGCUCAGCGCCAGUGUCGUCUCUCUGGCCACUUUGCAGUCCAACGUCGAUCCCUUUCCGUCGGAUCCCAAGAUACCAAACUCGCUCUGCGGUCCUGAUAAGAGGGGCCGGGAAUGUGAAUGUUCGGCUGAGAACAUGCCAGACCCCUCCCUCGCCCUGAUUUUGAACUCACGAAACGACCGUCACCAGUUAAUAGAUAUAGGCCCAUCUGCUGAGCCCGUGCUGAAGCCUGCGAUACGUCAGAAUGGCAAUGUCCGCGACGUGGUCUUGCCAUCAGCGCCGAGGAAUCCCAACGAUUCGGGGGAUGCCAUUUUAGAAAGCGACGAAUCCACCGCAUUGGGGAGUCUAGGCAGCCACUUGCGAUUCGGAAGCCAAGGCCAAGAGGGCAACCGGCUCGGAGCAAGCACGACGUUGCCGUCGCAGUCCCGAUUUCCAGGCUUGAUGCCGGGGGAACCACCAAUGAAACGACCACGAUCGGAUACAACUCAGAGACCUGCCCCGCUCAACCUCAGCAGCAUGGAUCAACCGUGGUCCAGUUUUGAUGAUCAUCGAACCAUCCCAAUGCCAUCGUGGAACAUGGCAGUUGCGGCCGAUCGGCCACAGUCCGCCUUGGCUCGUGCGUUCGGCAUGACACGCAGUCCUUCCCCGGCGGGGCUCAUGUCUGGGACACCCUACGUUCCAUCGCCGCCAACAGCGCCGUUGUCCACAGCCAAUUUUGGGUUCCCGCAAGCCAUCACCCACCAGGACCACUUCAUGCAGGGGGCUUCUUUUGAUUCUAGUGUGCUAGGACGAGAAGCGGACAUUGUGAAUCAGCAACGAAUGCAAGCGAACGACGGAGUCGAGGAGAGACGCGAUCAGCAUCAAAAGCGGGAACAACACCACCUCGUUGGAGACUCACCAAAUACAAACGACGGGACUGGUGCAAAUACAAAUGAGCAGUCCGUAGCGAAUGGUGUUCAGUGCGAGGUCUGCGGGCUUAGCUUUGCAAAGCGAAGUAACAAGAGCAGACAUGUCCAGACGGUGCAUGACGGUUUGAAGCAAUUUGAGUGCGACUUAUGUGGACAAAAGUUUGCUCAUAAGGCAGACUUGGGACGACAUCGUUACCGCAUACAUGUAUCGAGAGCAUUUUCGUGCGAAAAGUGCGGCAAGAGUUUUGCAGAGCAGGACCAGCUUCACCAUCACGUCCGCGUCACCCACGAAGAAGACGCUCGUCCGUGGGAAUGUAAGCAGUGUCAAAUACGUUUUGGUAGAAAGUCCUCACUGACGAGACAUAGACAAACUGUGCACCAAAAAACAAGGUUCACAUGUAGGGUUUGCAGCAAGACCUACUCGCAAAAGUUUGACGCGGUGAGGCAUGAGAGAAAGGCCCAUGGCGUCAGCUGUACCUCGGCUUCAGCCUCGGCAUCAGCAUCGUAGUGUUGUAGAGAGUUGUUGACGUAAAAGCAUGGCAUGCCGCGCUGAUGUACAAAA